AUGACAGACCAUCAAAACAUUCUAAAAAAGUUAAACGAUUUUUAUAACAUAUUCCGGUCAAUAACGUUAACUCAAAUAUUUAUAGCUUCAAGUUCACAUAUAUUUAUUUGGUUUAUUGCUGCAAUGAGUUUCGAUGAAGGCGAUAAUGCAGAUUCAAUAUUGUCUUUUAAGCUAUUCAUCGUACUCCCUCUGAUAAAUUUUCAAUUAUUUAUGACUUGUAGUUUAUUUGGAACUAUAAAUGAAAAAAAAGAUUCAAUCAUUUUUGCAUUAUAUAGCAGUAAUUGGACUGAUAUGGACUUAAAAAGUAAAAAGUUGAUUUUGUUUAAUUUGAUGAUAAAUAAUGCCAACCAGUUAAAAAUGAAGUUUACAAUUACCAAAAUUGUUAACUUCGAAAUGUUUAGUCAU